UUGUGGCUUGUUGCCUAGCAACCUGUUCGCUUUAGCCAGGCAGUCAGUUGCAGGUGUGUAAGGAGAAGCGGUACGUAAUGGCGGACCGAGGACUGGAGAAAGCUGACAUAGGGGCACUGAGCCCUGAGCAAAAGGAAAAAUUGCGCCAGUUUAAGAUCAAGACCAAAAUAGCGAAUGAAAUGUAUCUGAGAGCUCAUCCAGAAGUAGAAAUGCUGCUGAGUGAUUUUCUGAGCUGUUCAAGGGCCUAAGCAUGUAAGUGGGGAGGCAGGCUCAUACGAUGGAAAAUGCAUCAGUGGUACAGCUCUGCACUGGGUGGAGUCCUGUUUCUCAGGUCGAUCCUUCAAGGUUUCAUGGAGAGGAAAGUGUCUGAAUCCCAGCAACUCACAACUUGGGCAUUUUCAACAUGCAGUCAUUUGAUCAUAAAUGCUUUGUGAAUGAUUGAUGGAUAGAAUAAACAGGUUGAUAGAGGGAUGGAUGGACAUUUUAAAUGUAAUUUAAAAAAUAAGCAUACUUCUUCACAAUUUAUGGGGGAGCCCCUUUCAGUUAAAACAAAAUCUACAUUCAUGCAUUUAAGUAACCACUAACUUUCACACCUCUAUUCUAUGCACUUUGCUCCUC